GAAAACACGACCGGAGAGGGGAGACAUAACGUGUUAAAUUACUGUACGACGGUAAAUAAAUUCUGAAAUAUACAUUAACUCGGUAAUAUUUUAUUUACGCUAUAGCUGAAUACUGUAUACGAUUGAUAUUAUGACUAAGCGCCGUGUCGUUAUCAAACAACAUCACUAUCGGUUACAAAUCUCACCAUAAGCGGAUUGGUUUAGCCCUUUUUAUUAACGGCACCCGAUCCUGGCGACUCUCAGCACCCCCUCCUCCGCGGACCGACAGAAACGCUUUACCAUCAAAGCGAUCUAAUUAGCUACAUUUUAUUAAUUUUAUCAGUCUAAGGAUAAGUACUGGAAUGCGAAAUGUAAACCAGACCCGAGUCUCUUCGCGUAUACGAUAACCAUUAUCGAGUCUUUAGGUCGAGCAUCCAGUCAUGUUUCUUUUGCAUCAGCUGCUGCAGAUCUCUGUGCUGCUGGAUGUGACGUGGUGGCUGGUGGUUUCUGCCAGCCCUACCGAUGAUAAUGUACUGCGGGCCGGCCAUGGAGAGCACGGAGAACCGGGCCAUGAAGAACCCCAUAAAGAUUCUUACAGCACAUUCGCCUCCGAGUUUCUCGAAUCCAGAUACCUCUCAGACGAAGGUUACCCCUUCCCAACUGCACCCCCUGUAGACCCGUUUGCCCGCAUCAAAGUUAGUGACUGUGGAAUAACCAAAGGAUGCAUCAGAUAUGGCAAACCAGGCUGUGACGCAGAGACCUGUGAAUACUUCCUGAGUUUCAGGCGCAUUGGCACAGAUGUGGAAUUUGAGAUGAGUGCAGACACCGAUGGAUGGGUUGCUGUCGGUUUCUCCUCUGACAAAAAAAUGGGAGGUGAUGAUGUCAUGGGCUGCGUUCAUGACGAUAAUGGACGUGUACGGAUCCAUCAUUUCUACAACGUGGGCCAGUGGGCCAAAGAGAUCAAGCGCAACCCGGCGCGGGACGAGGAGGGCAUCUUUGAAAACAACCGCGUCACGUGCCGCUUCAAACGGCCUCUUCACGUGUCGCGGGAGGAGACGCUGGUGGACCUGCACCUGAGCUGGUACUAUCUGUUUGCUUGGGGACCUGCCAUACAAGGUUCCAUCACAAGGCAUGACAUUGACUCCCCACCGGUGUCAGAUCGCAUGAUUAGCAUCUAUAAAUAUGAGGACAUUUUCAUGCCUGCCACAGCCUAUCAGACAUUCUCUUCUCCCUUUUGCCUCCUCCUCAUCGUUGCUCUUACAUUCUACCUACUGAUGGGCACACCAUAACCAGCAAAGCCAUGUCACUGGAGCCACUAUUAGCACGAUUGUGUGCCAACUUUACAGUAUUAGAAACGGCCAUCAAUAAAUUGCAAUUCUAUAAUAUCCUCAGUCUACAUACACUAAGGAGGUAUUUGAACUGUGGAUUAAUAUUCAGUUAUAUACAAUGAUUCUCAUUCAGAUGAGAUAGUCAACCACACACUUACACACUACAGUAUAUUUAAUUAUGAUAAGAGUAGAGUACCCCUAAUUAUAUAUUACAGCAGGUAUAGCCUACAAUAGUUGAAACAAACUGACCCAAAUUAAUAUUAAUAUUUAGUAUACUUAAAGUGCGGUAAAAUUAGUAAAAGUUAAGCUAAAUUUAGUAUGCAAAAAAUUCCAUUUAUCACCAUUUAUUAAGGCAGUGGAUUUCAGAGUGACUUAAUGAAUGCCUGUGAUUGACUACGCAGCUUACAGCAGUACAUAACAGGCCCUACAGCACAAACACACAUAGAUAGUAUUCAUAAAACAUUACUGCCUUCCAGUUAGCCAGCAUUGUCAGCUGAGUAUUUGAUGAUGCAUGCCAGCAAGCUAGCUUCAUCUGAGCCAUUUAGAUCAGUGUCCACUGGAAAAGAACCGGUCCAGGAAACAAUCAUCUGGUUUUCAUUCCAGUGAAUUAAACACUUUCUAUACCAAGGACUUCAUGCCAUCACACAACUUACAAAGAGUCCAAUAACUGAUUUGGAUCACACCAGUUAGUGUGUGGCUGUAUUCUUGUAAUUAUUAGCCACUUUUUAAAAAAAAAUGUCCUGUAAUAACACUUGUAUAGCAGAUUGAAGAGCAACAUGUAAAGAUGUUUAGAAAGGUAUUUAGUUUAAAAAAUGUUGUUAUAUUCACCUUAAGGUAUAUGUGGAAAUGUACUUGGAGGAGUGAUGCAAUUGUUUUUUGAUGUGUGCAGGCCAGAGGUAAUAAUGGUAUGAAGCAUGAAUGAAGAUAUGUUUGUUAUAUUUUAAUAUAUACUUUUGAAAUUUUGACAUUGACAGUAUUAGAGAUUAUGCAAUAAUGAGUGUGCAUUGUAAAGGACUGUGAGCCAUUGGGAUUUAAAACAUGUGACAUUCAAGCUCUUACAUCAUUAGCAACUUACAUACCUUCUGACAGGUUUACUGUGAAUUCUCGUUGUAAUUGGGAAAAAAUAUGCCUGUUGGUUCUAACACAACAUAUACUGCACUUUUUAAUAAAGCUAUAAAGCUGAAAA